AUGGCUAGUCCUCAAUCAAUUUACGCUGCUGAAAAUCCUGCGGCCAUACUUAUAAGAGUUGAUCCAUCAGGGAAGGGAGACUACAGGAAAAUACAAGAUGCCAUUGACGCCGUGCCAUCCAACAACAAAGAAGUUGUGUUCAUUUUGGUCAAGCCUGGUAUCUACAAAGAAAAGAUUGUUGUGCCUGCGGACAGGCCCUUCAUUACAAUAAGUGGUUCAAAGGCAAAUGGCACAAUAAUAACUUGGGAUGAUAGUGGGAAUAUAUUUGAAUCUCCUACCUUCUCUGUGUUGGCUUCUGAUUUUGUUGCCCGAUACCUCACAAUUCAGAACACACAUGGAGCUGGUGCCAAAGCAGUAGCAUUGAGGGUAUCCAGAGAUAGGGUAGCUUUCUUCGGAUGCAGAAUUUUAUCCUAUCAGGAUACCUUGCUAGAUGACACCGGAAGACACUACUACAGCGGUUGUUACAUUGAAGGAGCUGUCGACUUCAUUUGUGGGAAUGCUGCUUCUCUUUUUGAGAGAUGCCACUUGCAUUCACUCUCGGAAGGAGAUGCAGCUAUCACAGCCCAACGCAGGGAGUCACCUUCAGAAGACACAGGCUUUACUUUCUUGGGUUGCAAGGUCACUGGCGUCAAGACUGCUCUACUGGGAAGGGCAUGGGGUCCAUAUUCCAGGGUCGUUUUCGCCCUUACCUAUAUGUCUAAUGUGAUUCUGCCCCAAGGGUGGGAUUACUGGGGAGACUCAUCCAAGCAAAGCUCGGUUUUCUACAGAGAAUACAAAUGUUAUGGACCUGGAGCCAAUACAAAGAAAAGGGUUGAAUGGUCUCAAGAGCUGACAGGCAUUGAGGCCCAGCCUUUCUUGACAAAGAACAUGAUCGGUGGCAAGAGUUGGAUCAGAUCAACGCCAACCCGUUUCAAGAAAGCUUCAACUGCCAUAUCUAACAAUUCCACUAGGCAUGCCUAA